CAAAAGGAAGGCCAAGCAUUUUUAUCCGGGUUUCCCCAUCCGAGCAUCUUCCUCCGUGCUGUAUAAAUACCGCAAGCAAAUGGAUCGGCUGUGUCACAUGUCUCAAGAUGUCAGGACUCGUGGGUCUGCAGGUAAAUGUGACCGUGAGCCAGCAGGAGCGCGCUUUAAAGUCACGCUGUCACAGCUGGGAACCUUCACACGUGUUUGUCUUUUUUUCUUCUUCAAUCUGCAUAGAUCUCGUUGCUGAUGUUCAACCACCUCGCGCCUUCUUCUUCUUCUGCCGCCGGCACGAGGUCCUCCAGGUGCAUCAGCUCGGAACAGGUGACGUACACCGAGGUCAGGUACCAGAGGACGCACGGCAGCAGGUGGCUCACUCUGGACCGGCCUGGCGCGCGCCUGACGUGCGCGGCCGCAGAAAUGAGCGCGGACCUGAGAGACCGCUCCCUCGCCCCGUGGAGAUACAGCAUCAACAGAGAGGACGACCGCAUCCCUCGUGAGAUCUCCUUCGCCGAGUGCCUCUGCCACGGCUGCGUCAUCGACCAGCGGGAAGACAUGCGCUACAACUCGGUGCCCGUGUUCGCCCCGCUGAUGGUCAUGAGGAAGACGCCGUGCCCGCGGGACCCCGACAAGUUUGUGGUCAGCAGGGAUUGGAUCAAGGUCCCCGUGGGCUGCACCUGCGCCAGGCCCAAGUACACAAAGAGGUCAACCGGGCCCCAUCGAGCCGGCUGAAAGGGCGCCCUGUAGUUUCUGCGUGAUGUGUGUAUUUGGAAGUGUAACGACCCAUUCUCACACCAAAUGCUGCCGCUCUGGUCGGUGGCACUGAGUUACAAAGCGUGAGCCUGCGCAUUCUCUGCAGAGGCCACCAGGGGGCGACUCCCUGCUCCCAUAGAGGUCUAUUUAAGAAGACGACUAC